UCCAACUUGCCUGCUCCUGUGUGAAAGAUAAAACAACACAGCUCUGGAGGAGCAGUGAGGACAGAGGUGGCCCGAGUUGGAUGCUGGGCUGUACCUGCGUGUAAACACGAGCGGCGGCCUUGGACCUGGGAACUUUAGGACUUGGUUCUCUUCAGUUUCAGGGAUUUAAAUGUGCGGAAAUGAGCUGAUCUCUUUCGUCAUUGUUUGUUGAUCCGGAACGGCCUGGCACCGAUGAGUCGAGCUUUGUGAGAAGGGAGCAGUCGGCCCCGUGUGCUGGAUGUCUGUGACAGACCCAUGGGCCAGAAGGACCAUGUGGAGGCAGGAGCAGGCCACAUCCUUGACCUGGGGCUGGAUUUGGAGUAUCUCCACGUAGCAGGGGCCGACCGGCAGGCUGGCUGCGCUGACGGGCCCCCUGCUAUGGAGGAGCAGGGGGAAAGCUCCGGCAACAGCAGCACCGCCAAUUCCCCUCUGCCGGCCGAGGUGGAGGAAAAUGCCGGGUCCGACACAGAGUGCAAGCCGGCGGCGUCUUCCGGCGCCGCCCUUGCGGUCGGCCCCGACCCGGAUGGAGGAGAGGGAGGGUUUACUCACAGUAAAAACACCCACCAGCCGCUUUGUCGGACCCAGUGUGUGGACUUAGGCACUGAGGGUCCUCCUGAGCUCCCAUCUGAACUCUCAUCCGAGCUUGAACCCGACACCCCUGCACAGUCCUCACCCAGCUCCCCAUGUAAGCACCCACCUGAGCCUCAGCCCAGUCCUUCCUCGUCAGAGCCAGCGCCCGAGGCUGGCGGGAAGGAGUACCAGGCGAAGCUGGAGUUUGCCCUGAAGCUGGGCUACUCCGAGGAGACGGUGAGGCUGGUGCUGUCGAAGCUUGGCCCUGACACCCUCAUCAAUGACAUACUGGGAGAGCUGGUCAAACUGGGCACCAAGUCGGACAGUGAGCAGCCGGCUGGAUCACUAGCCUCUACCUCAUCUUCCUCAUCCUCCUCUUCCUCUUGUGGCUGCUCUGAUUUGCUGGAUAGCCAGAGGUCGGACUCACCCUGUCCGUCGGACUCUCUGUGUGACCAGGAUAACCUGCGGCCAAUUGUGGUGGACGGCAGUAAUGUAGCCAUGAGCCAUGGCAACAAGGAAGUGUUUUCCUGCCAGGGCAUCCAGCUGGCUGUGGAUUGGUUCCUAGAGCGUGGCCAUCAUGACAUCACUGUGUUUGUGCCAGCGUGGAGGAAAGAGCAGUCCCGCCCGGACGCCCCCAUAACAGAUCAGGAGAUCCUGCGUCGCCUGGAGAAGGAAAAGAUCCUGGUCUUCACUCCGUCACGGCGUGUCCAAGGUCGGCGCGUGGUUUGCUAUGACGACCGUUUCAUCGUCAAGCUGGCCUAUGAGUCAGACGGCAUCAUCGUCUCCAAUGACAACUACCGAGACCUGGCUAAUGAGAAGCCUGAGUGGAAGAAGUUCAUUGACGAGCGGCUGCUCAUGUAUUCUUUUGUCAAUGACAAAUUCAUGCCCCCAGAUGACCCUCUCGGUCGUCAUGGCCCCAGCUUGGACAACUUCCUGAGGAAAAGACCUGUCAUGCCGGAGCAGAAGAAACAGCCGUGUCCAUACGGAAAGAAGUGCACUUACGGCCACAAGUGUAAGUACUACCACCCAGAAAGAGGUGCCCAGCCCCAGCGUGCUGUGGCUGACGAGCUGCGCGCCAGUGCCAAGACCUGCGUCACCACAAAGAACCAGGGCGACACUGGGCUGGUGAAGAGCCACAGCGUGCCAGCCGGCAGCAUUGACGCUAAAAAAGGCGCCCCGAAGCGGCAGUCAGACCCCAGCAUCCGCGCUCUGUCGUACAGCGACGCUGAGGAGAAGCUGCUGGCGAAAGGGAGGCUGGAGAGCCAGAAGAGCAGCAUGUGUGGCAGCAACAGUAGCAGUGGGAGUAUCAGCAUGUCUCCAGCCCCAGGAGGCCCUCCUUCCAGUUUCAGCCUCCCCCAGGACCAGCAGACCAGAGCAGCGACUCCUCAUAGUCUCCCAGCUCCCACCCAUGACCUUUACCCUCACUGUGAGUCUCCGGACUUGAGCUACUACUCAGUAACGCGUGCCUACUCUGGCCUGAGCCUCUCCUCGAGACGCAGCCCAGACUGUCGCUUCCCCAAUGACACAGACCUGCGACUGGGCUCAGCGGGCUCUGAGUGCGGCAGCGAAAGCAGCGUGAGUUGCGGUAGCAGCUGCGACUCGUACAGUGAAAGGCCGUGUCCAGGGUGCCCCCCGGACACCUUACUGGAAGACAGCGUCCAUUUUGCUAACCCCCACAGCCGGCUGUAUCCCCAUCACGCCACAUCAAACCAUGAACUAUGUGGCCUUCAUCCUGCAGAUUACACAAAUAUCCAACACAGCCAUGCUUCUAAUACCGGAGUGCACAGCUACCACCUGGCACGCGGGCAGAGCUGUGCUCACGAUCAGCCUCCACCAGAGGCUCCACCAAAGCGCCCUCUCUACCCCCUGCCCCCUCACCUCCAGCACCAGCCACUGGCUGCACGCUCCAGCUGCCCAGGCGACUACCACUCCCUGACGCAGACCAACCCUCACCCCCCUGGCUCUCCUCUCGGCCGCUGCCUGGCCCCCACACGAGGAGAGAGCGUGUCAGACUCACAUCUGUAUGAACACCUCUCCACGUCACACCAUCAUCACCGGACAAAAGCGUUGCCCAGCUGGGACACAUACUACAGACAGCCUCCGUUGCCGCCAUCCAGGUACGAGCCGUCUGCCUACCAGAGCCUGCCAGACACACGGCAGUCAUCCUGGCACGCCCCUCCCUGGGCACAGGACGGCUACACCCAGCACCACUCCUCCCACCCAGCUCUCCACCCAUCCCCAACACAUUACCUAAACCACCCUCCACCCCCUUCCCACUCUCCUCACCCGCCUCACCCAUCGAGCACUCCGCUCCCACCGUACCCGCCUCACAGCGCUCACCUGACGGUGCCCUCCCACGCCGCUCCCUCCUACAUGCAGCAGCACCCAGAAUCCCCUGCACACAGCCGCUACGGGGACAUGAGGGAGAAGGUUUACGUCAACCUGUGUAACAUCUUCCCUUCGGAGCUGGUGAGCCGGGUGAUGGCCAGGAGCCCCCACAUCACAGACCCCCAGCAGCUGGCGGCCGCUAUACUUGCGGAGAAAGCUCAAACAGGAUACUGACAACUGAAGGACGAGUCCGUGUAUCAUUAUGAAACAACAGCAGUUAUGUAGUCUGAGUAAAAAUAGGGAAACACAAGCUGGGCCUUCGCAUGGCGGAAUUUUAAAUCCUGGAAUGCUUUUGGAUUGUCUGCAGGGAGAGCUUUGUCUUUCCUUAUGACAUUAUUGCCUACGUUUUAAGGAUAUGAAAUGCUGAAGAUAAUCCAAAACCAGCUCUGGUCACUGCGCAGCAAUGACUAAAUCAACUCAACUGUAGGAAGUGCAGGCAGAGCGAGUCAUUUGACGAAAUCUAUGACACAAAGUGCAACUUGUGGAGAUUGUUCCAGACCUGCCCAGUUAGCCUUUUUUUAUUUGUAUUUAUUAAGUAGCUUAUUAGACGUGUCUUUCACAUGCAGGACUUGUUAUGCAUCGAAUUCAAAAGGCACUUUUUGUGUUUUACAGCCAAAUCCGUGAGUUGGUAUUGUAUAAAAUCUGAGGGAUAUGAAGGAUUAUUUAAGCAUCCAUCACCUUUUGACCAGAGUCGAACAGUGUGCGCGACAUGGACGGGAUUUUGUACUUCAUAAUUAUAAAGAAAUAAGUAUUUAAACAUGAUUUUCUUAUGUGGCAAACCCACAUCUGGUACUCCAUCCUCACAUGACAGUUUGAAACUACUAUUUGACCGAGGUCUGUGUAUUAUAUUAAUCUCUUUGUGUGACGUGCGGCCAUUUGUGGGGCUUUUUCCAUGUUGGUAAAAAUGGGUGUUCGAAGGAUAGUCGUCUUAUUUGAGAUGACGUGAGUAUUUUGGUCAGAGUUGUAGCUGUAGAGAUGGGUGACCCUGUCGUGUGUACCUUAGUUUUAGUAAGGGACAUCUCUCUCUCUUUCUCUCUCUCUAUCUCUCUCUCUCUGGCCCUUUAUUUUGGGUCAACUCUGGUAUCUGCUACAGACAGAACACGUGGACAUCAGUAAAUCAUGUAUGUAAUGUAAAUAUAUUUAACGGACUCCCCUGCUGUGCUUUUGGCCCACAGCGGCUGCUGUUGUCUGUAGCAGAUCCCAGCUGAAUCCAUGCUAGACAGAGAAAAACCUUGUUUGAUACAAAUUGUAUCAUUAAACUACGUACAUGGACUUGUUGAUCCGUAUCUAUCAAACACUCUUAAUGUAUUGCUAUACGAUGAAAUGCAUUGACAACAGUUGUGUUCCAAUCGAGAUGUUCCAACUUUUAAUCUUGUGGAAGUUGCUUUGAGACAAUUAUUUCAGGUUUGUUAAGAAACAAAAGGAGCUGUCUGCCUACUAUGUUUAGGUACCGCAACUUCUUUAUCUGCAUUUUGGGUUUGAAGCUGGCUUAUUUUCUACAGGAGCUCCAAUGAAACGACAUGUGAGGAAUACGCUGUGGUUGGCCGGUUAAAUGCCCAUUUGAAAGCAGACGUGAAUCGGUCUGUUUUUCAAGGUGAGGUUGGGGUCAGUUCAUUAAACAUUUUUUUAGCCUCUUUAUUAAGUUCGGCAGUGGAUAUCUUUUAAAGUAACAUUAGACAUUACGCUUGAAAUAAUAGAGAAUUGAUGUCGUAUCAUUAACUAAUCUAUUGUUUCUAUUACAUCAUGAAUUGAGUGGACAGACCCCAACCAUGUUUAAUAAGUAAAGAUCUAUAUUUGGGUCAGUCCCAUAUCCCAUGGCGGCCAUUUUGAAUGCUUGCAGCACUCUACCAAAGCUCCAGUGAGAGUAUUUGCAAGUGGAGUGCUUCAGGAUGAGUCGGAAAACCCGAAAUGAGUGAGCAUUUUUGCACUCCCGGUUUUCUCGUCUCAAAAACAGUGGGUUUUUGGUUUCUACGAUAUAAAAACAUCAGUAAAUACGCCACUCUUGAUUUUUGUAGCCUUUUCCUUAAAAAUACGGUUGCUAACGUUCGGCUAAACGAGACCACAGAGCAUCAUAACACCAAACAGCUUUAAGCUUCAUUGUGGUGGCGACGUUAGCAUGUGACCACGUUAGCUUGUCUGGCAAUUGCAUUUACGCUUCAGAAAAAAUAAAAGUGGUGUUAAUUUUUUAAGGUUAUCUUACUGAACAAAACACAUAGUAUCAUAAACGUUAGCUACACAUCGUAUUUUCUGCAAUAAUCCAAAAUCUAAUCGGAGGCUUUUUGACGGGGAAUGGCGACGCUAACUAGCAGGAUGUUUAGCUAGCUAGCAUCCUUGCUGCUUUCCAAACACAAAUGUGGAAAGUUUGAUAUUUUAAGGACAAAAUAUUGAAAUGUCUUUGGUCACACUGCAUUACAGGGUGGUAGCUUGAAAAAAAAUUACAUAUAAAUGAAGAAAAUGUUUUAAUUUCUUCACACACGGGAGGCUACCUAAGCACUUACUUAGCUAAUACUAACAGCUAAAGUUUCUCUUAUCCUUGACCUUGCUAUCAUGGCCGAAAAAUUAAAA